AUGGCAAGCAAAGUCCAAGUUGUCGAAACUUCCGUGAUUAUAUUUUGGUCUUACAAUCCAUAUCUCGGUUCUUCAGAUUUAGAAAAAACUGUCAAAAAUAUAAGGGAGGGAGAAAAAAUUAUUAAUGCAAAGGACGAAAAAAUAAAUAUUUUACAGUGUUAUUUUCGUUUUGGUUUAGUGGUUGGUAUCUUAAUAUUAAUUGCGGCUGGACUUAGACUUGAUUAUCUAGAAAGUGAAUCACAACAAAAUAGAAACAUAAUUUCGUAUCAACAAACUAUGAUUAAGACUCAUAAUGAAUACAUAUGUCUUUUUAAUGAAAAGUCCGAAGAAGACAAAGAAGAAAGUGAAAAGAUGAUGCAACUGUAUGCUGUUAUCGGUGAUUUUCUCAAGUUAGCUAAUGAAAGGAGGAAUAAGAGAAUCUCAUUUCUUUCAAACGAAUUUUAA